GGCUGCAGAGAGCCGGGCCCGGAGCGGAUCUACCCCCCGCCGGCAGGCACCAUGGAGAUCGUCUACGUGUAUGUGAAGAAGCGCAGCGAGUUUGGCCGACAAUGUAACUUCUCCGACCGGCCGGCUGAGACCAACGUGGACAUCCAGCCAGACCCGAGCCAAGCCACAAACUUCAUCGAGAGGGACCCCAUUGAUGCUGCAAUACAGUGUGCCAGUGAUAUGUCAGAGCAUGAGGUCAACACGGAGAGAUUUGAGAUGGAAAAUGAGGGGGUUAACCACUUGGAAGGAGGGUGGCCAAAAGACGUCAACCCGCUGGAGAUGGAGCAGACCAUUCGCUUCCGGAAGAAAGUGGAGAAAGAUGAGAACUAUGUCAACACCAUCAUACAGCUCGGCAGUCUGAUGGAGCACUGCAUCAAACAGAACAAUGCGAUCAAUAUCUACGAGGAGUACUUUGACGAGGAGGAGACCGCAGACGUAGCAGAUGAGCCUCCGUCUGCAAAAACCAUCAAUGUCUUCAGGGAUCCAAAUGUAAUCAAAAGGACAGCCACCCAUCUCUCCUGGCACCCAGAUGGAAGCAAGAAGCUGGCAGUAGCUUAUUCCAGCCUGGAGUUCCAACGAAGCUCUAAAGAUAUGAGCUAUGAGUCAUACAUAUGGGAUCUUGAAAAUCCCAACAGACCAGACCUGGUUCUCAGGCCAUCAUCCCCGCUUGUGAGCCUGGAAUACAACCCCAAAGACUCUCACAUCCUGGUUGGAGGAUGCUAUAAUGGACAGAUCGCUUACUGGGACACCAGGAAAGGAGGACAGCCGGUGGAGCUUUCCACCGUAGAAUUCAGCCACAGGGACCCCGUGUAUGGAAUGAUCUGGCUUCAAUCCAAAACCGGCACAGAGUGUUUCUCCGCUUCUACCGAUGGGCAGGUCCUGUGGUGGGAUAUCCGUAAGCUGACCGAGCCCACUGAGACACUGGUGAUGGACAUCAGCAGGAAAGGAGUCUUGGAGAACGCUUUAGGAGCCAUCGCGCUGGAGUUUGAACCAACCAUGCCGACCAAGUUCAUGGUGGGGACGGAACAAGGCGUGGUGAUCACCUGUAACCGCAAGGCCAAGACACCUGCGGAAAAGAUAGUUGGCACAUACAGUGGGCACCAUGGCCCCAUCUAUGCCCUGGCAAGGAACCCUUUCUUCCCCAAGAAUUUCCUGACAGUCGGGGACUGGACUGCUCGGAUCUGGUCUGAGGACAGCAAGGAAUCAUCCAUCAUGUGGACCAAGUACCACAUGGCUUACCUAACAGACGGGUGCUGGAGCACCAUCCGGCCAGCUGUCUUCUUCACAACCAAAAUGGACGGGACCCUUGAUGUCUGGGAUUUCCUCUUCAAACAGAACAACCCCUCCCUCAGCGUGAAGGUCUGUGACGAGCCUCUCUUCAGCCUGCGUCUGCAGGACAACGGGCGUUUCAUUGGCUGCGGUUCUAAGCUGGGCACCGUGACCCUGCUGGAGGUCUCUUCCGGGCUCUGUACCCUGCAGAGGAACGAGAAGAACCUGGCCACGGCGAUGUUUGAGCGAGAGACAAAGCGAGAGAAGAUCCUGGAGGCCCGGCACCGGGAGAUGCGUCUGAAGGAGCGCACCAAGGCUGAGGGCAAGGAGGAGGACGUGAAGGUGGAGACGGAGGAGGAGAAGCCUGAGGAGCAGCUGGCCAGAGUCCAGAAGGAGUUCUUCGAGAUCAUCGAAGCAGAGAUCAGGAGGAAGGAGCGGGCAGCCAAGCUGUCGAGAGCCCAGGAGAAGGAAGUUACAGAUGAAAACGAGGACGAGGACCCUUACAAGGAGAAGUGAGCCUGGCGUGUGGAUCGCACAGUCGCACUUCAUUUAUUCUCGUACGAGUGCAGGUCCUUUCCCCUUUGGAUCUUUUCUACAAGAGAGACUGGAUUAAUAAACUGCAGCAUUUUUAAGCCAUGUCUGGUUGGGUCCAACAGACGUCAGGGUGGCGGGAUCUGUAUGUUACAAUCCGCUUUGCAUCCUGGACCGAUGGAAGAGGCGGGCAGCCAUUCCCCGGGCGCCGCUGUCUGCUUAGAGACCGUGCUGCCUCCCCUACGCAGACCCGCAGCAGCAGCCGCUGGAGGUCUGUGCCGUGUUCUGUUCCGCCUGCUCUCCUUCACCCACCUGCCCACAGGAGCAGGGGACGUUCCCCUUCCCCUCAAUAACCAGGUGGUUUUACGACAUGACAAAAGGCCAAACAGUCCUGGUCAAACACUUGGCUCCUCUCCUUGUCCCACCAUACACCUGGCAGCCACUGCGCCAGCUCGCCAGGCCUAGUGAUCCCAGCUGGGGCGGCCUGUCUAGUCUGUCGAGGUUCCCCUGGGACACUCAUCCAUGCGGGAUCUGCCUCGGUCGUGGAACUGAUUGGCUGGUUCCAAAGCCGCAGGCACACUCACCACUCUCCUGCUGACAGCAAAGGGGCCAGGCGCUGGAAUACUCCCCGGGGAGGGGUACGAGGAUGCACCGCGUGUGUGUGUUUGGCUGCAGGCGUGCAUGUGACCCGGAGAAGCGGGGACUGAGUGCCUGUGUAGCAGCAGCAGGAAGAUGAUCAUGGCAGAAGCAAAGCCCCCUUGUAUAAAUACAGGUGCACUGCUGCGGUAAUGUGCACACCUGGCUAGAAACUUCAGGCAGGGAUGGGGAGAUUGCUGCACAUUCGUGGCUGUAACUUCAGUCUGCUCCGGGCAGGAGCUUUCUCCUCCUGAAGCUGCUACUCCGCGGGGAGAGCUCAGAGCUGCGGAGCUCCCGUGCAUUGCCCUGCGGAAAGGCCUUUCCAGUGUCUUGCAGUUGGGAAAGUGAAAGCAGCUCUCCGGGCCACUCACCCAGCGUUUUUGUACAGAGCCCCUUCUCCAUGUGGCCUCUCAGGCACGUCAGUGUAGUCAUCCCCUUUGUACAGAUGGGGAAACUGAGGCACGGAGUGAGGGAGUGACUCACCCAGAGCCAGGAAUAGAACCCAGGAGUCCUGACUGCAUCCGGUAGAGCAGACUCUGUCCCUCAGUAGCCCUGCCCCCUAGCUCCUCCCCCAUCCUGCCCCACGCCUGUUCCCAUCUGAGUGUUGUUAUUGCUGCUAUUGAUUCUCUGUGUCACCGUAGUUCCCAGGUGACCCAGUCGUGGAGCAGGGGCCCAGUGCGCUAGGCACUGUACAAACACAGAACAGGUACGCGUACCCUGGACGUACGCAGAGGUCUGCUGGGGGGACAUCAACUCCUCUAGAGAUUUGCCUAGUUUUACAACAGGCUACAUUAAAAGCACUAGCGAAGUCACUACAAACUACAAUUUCACACAGACCGUGACUUGUUUGUACUGCUCUAUGUCCUACACGCUGCAGUAGAAGGACAGUAUUUCUAUUCCACUGGAUUUAUUUUAUAAUUCUGUGGUAAAAAGGAGAAAGUCCGCGAUUUGUCAGUAAGUGGCUGGGACACUUUUGUGUUUCUGUGUCUGAUGUUGUAAGCAAGCAGUUUUGAAGUGAGGUGAAACUUGGCGUCCGCAGGACAAAUCAGACUCCUGAACGAGGGACAGGAGUCCGGAAAGGUUGAGAGCCGCUGUGCUAGAGAAGGGCAAGCUGGUGGAGGGGCUCCGUGCUCCAAGCGCCAGGCUAGGGACGGGAUCACUGACAGGAGACAAGCAGGGAGAUGGCACGUGGCGAGGCCAGAGGAAAGGAGGUUGCGGAGAUCGAGAGGUUGCGAGCCUGGCGAGGACAGGGAAGGCCGUAUCUCUGCAGAAAGAAUCUGCAUGAGCUAGCUAGAUGGAGACCCUCCCUGCACCAGUUUCUCAGCCAUUAGUCCAAUCUCCCCAGUGCGGAUUCUCCCUCCCCCCUGCUUGCCCUAGCCUGAGGGGAGGGGUCUGGCCCCACAGCUGGGAAAGGAGCCCAGGCUAAGAAAGGAGGGGUGGGGGUCCUCAUCCCUCCCCAGCAAAGCUGUGUUCCCCUAGGGAAUAUGCUCAUUCCCAGCUCUCAGCCGCCCGGGCCUUAGCCAGUGUCAUAGGUGGUGCGGUGCAGGGGCGGUGGCAGCCAGGGCUCCUGGGUUCUACACCCAGCUCUGCCUCUCGCUCUCUGUGGCCUUGGACAAGUCAUUUCCCCUCCUUGUGCCUCACUUUCUCCUGCUGUAAAGGGGGAUGACGCUGAGGCUGCGAGGCCGAAUUCCUGCUCCAAGGCCAGGCGCCCUAGAAACCCAACGGCACUCUGGGGCGACUGAGCAGCCAGCAGAUUGUGCUGCUGGGAUCGCAUGCGAUGCGGCCAGCUCUGGGGUGAAAUGAGGCGCACAGCAACCCAACCCAGCAGUCCGAGGGCAGGAAGUGAAGAGUCCUUGUCUGAUGGAGGUUGCCGGGGAAGUUAGGUUAGUAGCCUGUAAUGUCCAGAGAGAGAUUUGGACAGGAUCCCUCCUUUUGGUAGAUGUGCCCGGGGAUCUUUGAUUCCCUCAAGAGGCCCGGCCUCCAUUUUCCAUCACACCCAGACACUGGAUGUAUUUGCUGCUUGGGAAACCAACCAAGUGAUUUUAUGGGAAAUAAAACUCUCUGCCCAGAAGCCAGUUCACCUGCUGUCCCGCAAACGCUGGGUGAUCUAACCCCGCAGCCCUGCCCGCCUCCGUCUGAGCUUGACUCCAGCUCCGCAAACGGCCACUGUUUUCUGCUGAAAUAGACACCUUUAACAAAGCUCCCACAGGCCACACGGGUGCCAAUCAAACCCCACAGCGCCUCCUACCGUCCUGUCCAACUGGGGCUCUGCGGAGGGACAACCUCUGCCUCCCUCUGUAGGAACAUGUCUGUUUCUGUUUAUUUCAAAAGAGCCUGGUUUGAUUUCUGAGUCUGAAACCCUCUGGUACAUCUGGAUUCUGGCCGGGCUGUGUUCUUCCAAGCUAUUGAUUAAAUCCUGCUGAUGAUUUAUA